CCACAGUCAGGACAGGAGGGAGGUGAGCUGGAAGCGCGGCCGGGAAAUCAUCAUAACACCGUGGGGGGCAAAAUUAUCUUUUUCACCUUUUUCCUCAUCUGGAAGGGAUGUCUACACUCACCAUGUCUGCGGAAUCAGAAGAAGCUGCAGUUACCAACUCGUGACUGCUUCUUUACGAUCUAAGACAGCGCUGAGAGGCUGCCCCCCCCCCCCCCCCCCCCCCCCCCCCCAGAACUGGUGGAACUCACCUGAAUACCCCGAAACACCGAGCAGGUUAACCCAAACUCCAUGAGCAUGCCCGGCAACGACCCCGAGAGCAUGCUGAGCUACCAGAGGCCAGAUGAGGAGGUGGUGGUAGACCAAGGAGGGACCAGCUCAGUACUGAACAUCCACUAUGAAAAGGAGGAACUAGAAGGCCACAGGACUCUGUUUGUGGGGGUUCGGAUGCCCAGGCAGAGCCAUCGUCAUCACAAGGCCCACGGCUCUCGGCACCGCAAGAGAGACAGAAGGGCAGGAAGCAUCGCAACUCAACAGAGCGAGGAUAGUGAGACGGCCACCUCCAGUCAUGACACGCCGUCCCAGCGGGUCCAGUUCAUUCUGGGCACAGAGGAGGAUGCUGAACAUGUGGCCCACGAGCUGUUCACUGAGCUGGAUGAGAUCUGUGUGAGGGAUGGCAAGGAUGCUGAGUGGAAGGAAACAGCCAGGUGGCUAAAGUUUGAGGAAGACGUGGAGGAUGGCGGGGAGAGGUGGAGCAAGCCAUAUGUCGCCACUCUCUCCCUCCACAGCCUGUUUGAGCUCCGCAGUUGCAUCAUCAAUGGCAGUGUGUUGCUUGACAUGCACGCUGACAGCAUCGAAGAGAUUGCAGACAUGGUGCUGGACCACCAGGAGGCGUCCAAUGAGCUGGAUGAUACUGUGAGAGUAAAGGUGCGUGAGGCUCUGCUGAAGAGACACCACCACCAGAACGAGAAGAAGAAGAACUUGAUGCCCAUUGUGCGCUCCAUUGCUGAGGGAACCCGCAAACAGUCAGAACUCCAUCUGACAGCAGGGUCAGCAACAUCUCCCCAGCCUCCGCCAAUUACAGAACCUGCUAAGAAUGGUGGCGGACAGGACACUGCCCCAGUGGACCUUAGCAAGGUGGACAUGCACUUCAUGAAGAAGAUUCCAGAGGGUGCAGAGGCCUCCAAUGUACUGGUGGGAGAACUGGACUUCCUGGAGAGGCCCAUUGUGGCUUUUGUCCGCCUCUCCCCUGCUGUGCUGCUCACUGGACUCACUGAGGUCCCCAUACCUACCAGGUUCCUCUUCAUUCUGCUGGGCCCCGAUGGAAAGGCUCAGCAAUACCAUGAAAUUGGACGCUCCAUGGCAACCAUCAUGACAGAUGAAAUCUUCCAUGAUGUAGCCUACAAGGCAAAGGACAGAAGUGACCUGCUGGCUGGGAUAGAUGAAUUUCUGGACCAGGUGACAGUCCUGCCACCAGGAGAGUGGGACCCCUCCAUCCGCAUCGAGCCACCAAAGAGUGUCCCGUCUCAGGAGAAGAGAAAAAUGCCAGGAGUUCCUAAUGGCGGAGCCUUCCAGGUAGAGGAAGAACUACAUGCUGAGCACCAUGGACCAGAGCUACAGAGAACAGGAAGGUUGUUUGGUGGUCUGAUACUGGACAUCAAGAGGAAAGCUCCAUUCUAUCUGAGUGACUUUAAGGACGGUAUGAGCCUGCAGUGUGUGGCCUCGUUCCUCUUCCUCUACUGUGCUUGCAUGUCUCCUGUCAUCACCUUUGGAGGACUGCUGGGGGAGGCGACAGAGGGACGCAUCAGUGCCAUAGAGUCCUUACUCGGUGCGUCUAUGACUGGAGUAGCCUACUCUUUGUUUGCUGGUCAGCCUCUCACCAUUCUAGGCAGCACAGGUCCUGUGCUGGUUUUUGAGAAAAUCCUCUUCAAGUUCUGCAAGGACUACAACCUGUCCUAUCUGUCGCUGAGGACUUGCAUCGGCCUGUGGACGGCCCUGCUGUGUUUGGUGUUGGUUGCCACUGAUGCUAGCUCUCUGGUGUGCUACAUCACUCGGUUCACAGAGGAGGCCUUUGCCGCCCUCAUCUGCCUCAUCUUCAUCUAUGAGGCAUUGGAGAAGCUCUUCCACUUGGGAGAAGUCUACCCCUUCAAUGCACACAGCGAUCUGGAUAAACUUACACUGGCGUACUGUAGGUGUACAGAGCCUGAUAACCCCAGUAAUGAAACCUUAGAACUGUGGAGUGAGAGAAACAUCACAGUCUCGGUUGUACCAUGGACCAACCUUACUGUCAAGGAGUGCGUCAGUCUGCAGGGCCACUUUGUUGGGACGGCAUGUGGCCACCAUGGCCCCUACACCCCAGAUGUUCUCUUCUGGUCUACCAUAUUGUUCUUCUCGACCUUCUUAAUGUCUGCCUUCCUCAAACAAUUCAAGACAAGUCGUUAUUUCCCCACCAAGGUACGGUCCGUGAUCAGUGAUUUUGCAGUGUUCCUUACUAUUGCUGUCAUGGUUCUGCUUGAUUAUGCCAUGGGAGUGCCCUCCCAGAAGUUACAGGUGCCCAGCAAAUUCCAGCCUACCAGAGACGACAGAGGUUGGCUGAUCAAUCCGAUAGGACGCAACCCAUGGUGGACAAUCCUGGCUGCAACUAUUCCUGCUCUUCUCUGCACCAUCCUCAUCUUUAUGGACCAACAGAUAACUGCCGUCAUCAUCAACCGCAAAGAGCACAAACUACUGAAGGGCUGUGGGUACCACUUGGACCUUCUCAUGGUUGGGGUGAUGCUGGCUGUGUGCUCCAUCAUGGGCUUGCCCUGGUUUGUAGCAGCCACGGUGCUGUCCAUCUCUCAUGUCAACAGCCUGAAGCUGGAGUCAGAGAGCUCGGCUCCAGGAGAACAGCCUCGCUUCCUGGGCAUCAGAGAACAGAGGUUAACUGGCCUGCUCAUCUUCCUGCUCAUGGGCUGUUCUGUAUUCAUGACUGGAGCCCUGCAGUUCAUUCCUAUGCCAGUGCUGUAUGGUGUUUUCCUUUACAUGGGAGUCUCCUCAUUAAAAGGCAUCCAGUUCUUUGACCGUGUGAAGUUGUUCUGUAUGCCCGCAAAGCACCAGCCAGACUUCAUCUACCUGCGCCACGUCCCCUUGAGGAAGGUGCAUUUGUUCACUCUCACGCAGCUCACCUGUCUGGUGCUGCUUUGGAUCAUCAAGCACUCACCUGCCGCCAUUGUCUUUCCCAUGAUGGUGCUGGCUCUGGUUUUCAUUCGCAAACUGCUGGACUGGUGUUUCUCCAAGCGAGAGUUAAGUUACCUGGAUGACUUGAUGCCUGAGUGGAAGAAAAAAAACCUUGAUGAUGCAUCUAAAACAAUAGAAGAGGAAUCACAGGUUAUGCUCAGCACAAAGAAGAAAGAUGCAACUGCUGUUCAGAUUCCCAUGGAGGCCUGCGAGCCUGUUCAGACCCCCAAAGCACACGACCCCAGGAGUGAUCCCUCUGACAUUAAUAUAUCUGAUGAAAUGUCUAAAACCACCGUGUGGAAUUCCAUUAACUCCAAUCAAAGGGACACUUGUCCUGUGGCUUCUAAGAAGGAUUGAAGGGAUCACGUUCAUAGACGAGUGAAAGGAUGUCCGCAGUUCUGACAGGCUGUAGUUCUGGACCACAAGAUACUGCAAUUUGGAUUUCAGCCACUUCAAUGCUUACACAAACAAGUCUGGAUGAUUUCUACCAGCUACCUGCAACACAUAAUACUGUCCACACACAUACAGACAAAAAGAAGGAAGUACAAUAUGCAGAGAUAGACAAACAUGCACUUCAAUCUUUGUGAGAACUAGAUAUAUCUUUAAAUCUUAUUUACCUACAUUUAAAGCCAGUGCUAACCUAAUCUUAACUCUAUCCCCUUGACUCGAAAGUAGAACGAACCUCAGCAACGUUAACCAUCUUAACCAGUUAACCAGUGGAAACCCCUGAUCUCAACCAUCACCAUCUUCUACUUCCAGCUUUCUAUUAAUCCAGACAGGGAAGAAAGCCCAUAGUGAUCAGUUCUGGUCUGUACACUGCCCUUGGCUUCCCAGCUUAGUUGUAAGGUUAAAGUAUGAAACUUUAAGACUUCUACAGCAGCAUUCAUCUUUGAAAAUUCAAUAGGAUCCAAUAUCUCCGUUUUAUUUAAUUUGUGUCUGAUUAUGUGAUCUAGAGACACAUACUGGAGCAUCCACAGUGACAGUAAAUAAUGGAGGACACUGUGGCAGCUGCUGGCAGCCAUAGUGAUUUCACUGAGUUAUGGGGACAAUUGCUAAUUCACACCUGAAAACCAUGCAUAUACUUAAAACUCAUUUGGAUGUUACACCUCAAAUAGCCUCACAACACACUGGCGGGCGUGUUGUGAGGCCGUAAUUCAGUGUCAGUGGUCUGUCUCCAAAAAUGUCGGCUGAAAAGUCUGGACAGUAUGUCUUUAGCUCAUGGGGAAACAGCUGAUGUUUGUCUAUAAAUAUCAACUUUACUGCCCAAUGUCAUUGAAAUAGCCCAUUGUAAAUUCUGUUGUAGGUGGGAUUUUUUAUUUAACUAGUGCAGUGCCCGUUCAAAAUUUGCCUGUGCAAAACGGGCAGAUUGCUUGUCCUGCAGUUUUGCUGCUUACAGCUUUCCCAUCUUAUUAACUUCACACUCGACACUGCAUUUCUUUGGGUCCUGAGCAAUACACCUGCCAUGACAUAGACAUAGACUAGCUCGCACUUGACACUGCACUUCCUUGGGUCCUCAGAAGAAAAUCAAAGAACAGACAGACUGACUGAGACUCCUUUGAUUUUAGUUACUAGAUCUAAAAGUCUAAUAUAACAGUCCCACCUUCAUAAAGGUUAAAAUGUUCAGUUUUUUUUGAAACUGUUAAAGAAAAGUGUUGAUCAAUCCAUAUUGAACAUACUGAUAAGAAAAUGAUUUGGUUCUUUAUCAGUUAAAAGCUGCACCAUAUUCCCUUAGCUAAUUACUAACUUUGUCAAGGUUUGGUGCUGAGCAGGUAGUGAACAUUAGGUGUUAAAGAGCCGUUUCACUGAAAACAGCUGUUGCAGCUGAAAAUGACGAUGUUAAGAGUGGUGAGAGUGAACUAAAACACUAAAAACUACAGGCCAGAAAAUACAAAUAAUGAACUAAAAUAACCUGUAAUGCUCCGUAGAGCUUAGGGGAAUGGCAGAGUUGGAUGAUAAUUCAUUGUUCAUCACUGCAAGCCACUGGUUCCAAUUACCAGUCAUGUGAUCCACUGGUAAUAUAAAAAUAUUAGCUGCUUUAAAGACAUUUGGUCCUCGCAAAGAUAGAACACAAACAACCAACUACUCCCCCUUUUCACCCUUUAAUCAGAAACCCGGGUUCUGCCCCUCCACUGUACACUUAGCUGGGCUAUAUAAUGGGAGAGUAAACACUCCUUUAAACACAAACCAGGUUAUUUUUCUUAAUCUAAAUAUAUCCGUCAGUUCUUAUUCCUUAAAUCUACUAAAGCGUCUUUUUAUUUAAUGUGUGCUAUGAGUCUGUUCUCUUUCUAAUAGUGAUGAUAUGGUCAAUUAUUUAGUAGAUUUCUUAAAAUACAUUGCAGGUUCAGUAAAACAUAAAUCCUUUUUUGGUGCAUAAAACCUUUUGUCAGUUUUGUGUGAUGAUGUAAACUGAAAACUGUAAAUGUUAGAAGACCCACUUCAGUUGAAGCAGCGGCAUCAAUAACGUGUCUUUUGAGGUGUAAUCUUUUCCCUUUCCUAUGGAUGUUGGUUUUUAAACUAUUGAUUGAGUACGAUGGAGGUUUGUCAUGUGUUAGUAGUACAGUGUCUUAUUUCUUUACCUCAGACAAGUUCAUAAAUGCUCCUGAAAGGCACUUUGGAUGAUGCCAGGUAAGAGGAUACCAGAGCAAAGGGUGUGUAUGUGUCCGUCCCUUUGAGUUUCAGGAAAAUAAUAUUUUUUUCAUUAUUCAUGGGGGGCAGCAGGCCUUUCUUUUAAGCAAUAAUUUAACCUGUGAUUCAACCCAAAUUUACCUUGCUACAACUCUUUAUUUAUCAGGGUUCCGUUGUACCAGUGCAACCUUUUUUUAUCCAUCAAUGCGAAAUAGAGGUGGUUCAGGAAAACGUAACAUUUGAAGCCUUGAACACUUUACUACAUGUGCCAAAAAGAAACACGUUUUGACAUUGUCACACUUUCCUUCAUUAUGGGGAUUCCCGAGACAUGUCACUUUGGAUAAACAAGGUUCAAGUGUAAUGUGCUCCCCCUCAUUUUUAAUUAUGAGCCAAAUCUGAUGGUUGUCUUAAAUUAAUUUCGAAUAGGACUUGCACACCAGUGUCACCUCAAAGCUGGAAGAGCCAAAGGAAGCAGAGGGAAUAACCUUCAGUAAUACUUCAUUUGUAGUUGCACUUUCUAUAGAUAAAGAAUUUGUGAUAUAUUUUAUUUUGAAGAAGUAUACUAAGCAAUUAAAUGAUUUUACAAUCAUUUAUUACAGUUAUUUAUUUUUAGACUUACUUUCUGUAUAUACUGCAAUAAGUGUGGUGAGCUAAAAGAAAGGCUGAUGAAUAAUAUAGUUGUAUGAAUGAAUUCAAUAAAACACAUUCUAAGGUUACUACAAAGAGAGCAAAGUGCUCUGAUGGGAGACAUCAGGAGUUUGUCAGAUAAACCGUGAUUGUCACACCCUUUUGGUCUAGAUGGAGGACACGGAGAGACUUGAAACUGCUUAUAAAUCUUAUAUUGGUUAAUACUUGAUUGGGUAAUAAAAGCAAGGACUAAUAAAAGAUUCAUAUUUUUAUUUAUUAUUUAUUAUUCAGUCAUUUUGUGUUGUGGUUUGGGGUUUUUGUUGGGGUCGUUUUCCUGUUUUUGCCUCCCUGUCUCAGUGUUUUCCCCGGUCCUGUGUGCCUGAUACGUCUCCUGUUUCCGGUAAGCGCCUGUAUGUUCUGUUUCCUGUUUUAUUUGAUAGUCAGCUUCCUGUCUUGUUUGGUCUUGUCUUGUCUAGCUUCACUUUGUUUGUCUGAUUGUCCUGCCCCUCCCUAAUGUGAUUCACCUGAUGUCCCACCUGUUCCCUAUUACCUCGUUACCUCAUGUAUUUAACCCCAGUGUUCCCUUUGUCUCUUGUUAGAUCCUUUUUGUUCCCCUUCGAGGGGAACUCGAACUGCGUCAGUUACGACACUAUGGGAAAGCUAUAGUGUCGUAACCGACGCAGUGUCUCGUUCCCCUAUCUCGGGGAACAAGGGUUACAUACGUAACCCGAGACGUUCCCCUUCGAGGGGAACUCGAACUGCGUCGAUUACGACACUAUAGCUUUCCCAUAGUGUUGUAACCGACGCAAUGUCUCGUUCCCCUAUCUCGGGGAACAAGGGUUACAUACGUAACCCGAGACGUUCUCCAGCGUGUCGUCACCUCUUCUCUGUUCCAGCUCCAGUAAGAUUUCCCCGUGAUGUUUUUGCCUGUUUGCCUUCCCCUGUGAGUUUCCAGCCCUUGUGCUUCGGUUUUUGGUUCUUCCCUGGCUCCCUGUGUUUUGAUGUUUUUUUGGAAUCAGUUGCUGCCUUGUUUUCUCCCAAUAAACCCUUUUUGCCUUCCUACCUGCUACACUGCGUUUGGGUCCUCCUUCCGCCCCCACCACAACAAUUUUGGGCUUUAUUGUUGACAGCAUGCAACAAAGAAACCCAUUUUGAAGAUGUGUCUUUACUUUAAAUAUCAGAAAAUGAAUAAAAAUCUCUGUAGUUUAAAUGUAUGUUUAAAAGUCCUUGUUUUACUAUGCAGUAAAAUAUAAAUGCUUGAGUUCUUUUAUUACCACUUUCAAGGCUGCUUCCUCCAUAGUACCCAUAAUUCCUAUUCAAGUGACUUUAAAGCAAAGUCCACAAAUCCAGUAAUCUAUCACUGUAACAUCACAUGCAGUAAUACUUCCUCCAAGACGCGUAUGAAAGUUAAACCAUUGUCUUUUCUUGUCAUGUAUGUCCGCUUUGACUUUUGAAUGUGAAGUCUUUGUGUGUACAAGGACCCAUAACGAAUGGCAUGACUAAAUAUUAUUCAUUUUGUAAAUAUAUAUAUUCUAAAUCACAUGAGUGCAAACAAAUGUGUACAUUGAGAAAAGAUAAGACCAAAUUGUAAAAACACACAUCCAGAGUGCAAUGACUGUAUACGUGCUUUAACAAGAACAUGUAAUUAUUUAGCCAUUGUUGAAAGUAAUUCUAUGGAGCAUCAUGUGUCUUAAAUGUUUUCAAAUUUAAAUCAUGAAUGUAUAUGUGAAUGUAUGGUAAGCAUACAGUUAAAUGCCUUUGGUAUACUGUAGGUUUACUGCAUAUUAAUGUUACUGAGAGGGGUCAUUCCUUUUUGAUGGAUGUGAGUAUAAAUAUAUGUGUAGUACGUGUGUGCCUGACAUAGAAUACAUAACCACUUAUUGUGCUGUCACUUUUGACUUUUGACCACUUUACAUCUGACCAAAAACUGACCUUUUAAAAGUGAUUAAUGAGGCACAGGCUGUUCAGAAAACCUCAUCAUCACUGUGUCCUAUUUUGUACAAUUUCUUUGUCACACAACAAGAGGCUCAAGUUUCAAAUUCUCUCCUGUCAGAAUCCCUACUUUAUUUUUUAUGUGUAGAUAAAAGGAAAACCUGCACUGUGGCUUUGUCCUUCUAAUGAAAAUAAGACAAAAGUGGUGUAUGUUUCGAAGACAAAGUCAGGGUGACAGAAAAACAAAAGGAUGAAAGAGAGAGAGAGGUUAGAACGUGGGAGGCUUUUAGAGAGACGAGCACCUGUACUGCAGUAACCUUAAUCUUUUUGUCUUGGAGCCAUAGAAACAGUGAUGCCUUGUCUCUUCAACCACUGAAUGAUUAGUCUUAGGCAAGAUAAUUCUACAUGUUUUAUAUGUGUAAUUUAAUUUUUGAUUAUGGAAAAAUGAAAAAUAAAUAAUCACAGUUGAAAUGAA